CUUUGGGAACAGAUUUUGUGUCUCUUAUUAAUGUCCUUCAUUGGCAUGGGAGCUUAGAAUGGCAACCGCUGGAGAAGACAGCCGCCCUGUUAAUACAGUGCCACAGCCACUGAUGCAGCCACAGGAGCUGGCGCCUCGGGUGGCCCGAAGACGCCUGUCCCAGGCCCGCCACCGGGCCACCUUGGCAGGGCUCUUCGACAACCUGAAGAAGAUGGUUUACUCCGAGUCUGAUUUCACAGCCUCCAAGUGGCAGGUUCUGAACAAAGCAAAGAAUCAUAUUCAGGAACUGGAAGAAAACCUAGAUGGUCUGCUGAAGCUGAAAGAAUCUUUCAACCUGGAGGAUGGGAACCCCAGCACCUUAGAGAAGGUGAAGGAACAAUAUGCUGAAAUGUUCUCCAGAAAUGAGAGUUUGAUCUUAGAUAGUUUUCUUCAGAAUGGCUCCUUCCCCUGGUUCCCAACGGAAGCAGUCGAGAAGGGCUUAGAGGAAGAAGGAGGUGAAGAAGAAGGUGAAGAAGAAGAAGAGGAAGAGGAAGAGGAGAAUCAAGAAGAGGAGGAGGCAAAGGAAGAGGAGGAAGAGGAGAAAAAAGUGGAUCUCUUACAUUGCCCAGCCACUUCUCUGCCAGACCUCCAGGAAUUUGAGCGGUACCUCAGCUUCUACAAGCAGACGAUGGACCUCCUGAUUGGGAACGGCAUCGUCUCCUCACAGGAGGCCUUACAGCCCGUCGUCUCGGCGGCCAUCUCCCACCUCUGGCAGACGCUGUCGGAGGACAGGAAGGAGAGUGUCCUGCAGGUCUGGGCCCAGCAUCAUGCUAACCUCCUGGGCCUUGGUGCCUGCCCUCAGCCAGCCUGCGCUGAGGACAGCGUGAAGGACAGUGGCGUGGACAGCCAAGGAGCCACCUGCUCGCUGGUCUCCACCCCGGAGGAGGUCCUUUGUGAAGACUCCUUUGAUGUGGCAAGUCUCCUGGGCAAAAGUGAAAUUCCAAGUACAUCUUACCAUAGUUUAAGGAUUGCCUGCUUCAACCCAGAGAACUCAGAGAGAAAGUUGCAGCUCUACCUGCAGAUCAUCAAUUUUUUAAACUAUCUCUGCUACGUUAACCCUCAAUUACAACAGGCACCAGCCCCUCCCGCUGACGAUGAGAUGAUGCAGCUGAGGUGUCUGGAGACCUUUGAGGAUGAGGAUUUGUAGUGGAGGAGGGCCAGAUGGGGAAGAGGCUGAAGGAAGUACGGGCAAGUUUGAGUUCUGGCAGCAAUGGUCAUGCCUGCCUCAGCCUCUGGGACUUUUCUGAAUGGGCUGUCUCAGAUGCAUUUUGGUGUAUUAGUUUCUGUUAUAAAGUUUGAAAGCAUGGUGUGGUGUCCGUCUUUAUGGCUAUUAGGUAGCAGGGGCUCACGGGCACGCAGCCACCAGUACCUAUCCUGGGGGCACUGGGUACAGCUGAUAACGAGGCUGUGGGCUUUUCAAGAAGGGGGUGAGCAUCAUAUUGCCUGGAGGGGAGAAACACCGGGUCCUCUCAGCCCGCCCCAGAUCCAGGGCCUCAUUGCUGGGUUCUGCCGGAUUCUGGAGCCCACUUACACAUCCUGCUAGCACAUCCUGGGUCCAGAACUGGUGCUUAGCUUCCCUCUGUGCUGACAUAAAGGCAGAGUGUGGCCGGGUGCACCCGUGCCCCUGGUACAGACCCCUGAAAGCAUGCUGUGGUAGAGUUCAGGGAUGUGUGCGGUUUUCACGAGGCCACUGGGCAAAGUGUAUGUGAAGGUCACCAGGCCUGCGCCCUGGGGCUUCGGGUGAGUUCUGUGUCAACCUGCCUGUGCCACGGUCCCAACAUCUGGUCCACCAUCACACUGAUGUUUCUGUGAGAGUAUUUUUGUAAGUGAGAUUGCUAUUUAAGUAAGUAGCCUUGGAGAAAACCACAGAGACAGACCCUCUGUGAUGUGUUCAGCAGUCGAAGGCCUCAGUAGAGAAAGACCGACCUCCUCAGUGGAAGAGAGAAUCCACCAGCAGAGCUCAGCUCUGAGCUCAACGACAACUUUUCUAGCCUGGUGGUAGACUUGGGGCCCCACAAUAGCCUGGGCCCUUCCCUUAGUAUAAAUGUCCUCUCUGUGGGUACACACACACACACCCUGCUGGUUCUGUCUCUCCAUCGAGCCCCGAUAUACUGCGUGUCCUCAGAGGACAGGCUCACCUAGCUCCUGACCGUGUUAAGUUCCAGGGGCAGCGGCUCCCUCUGGCAAAGCCUUCCCGUUGCUAAUGACCAACUUGAGGGGCAAAUGGGGUUUUCCAUGCAGCUGGGCAGCAGGGCCUUCUGGGAUUGCCACAGCUUGUGUUGGAAAGACAGGAAGAGGAGGACACUUAGAUGGGCAACCCCGGAGACUCGGGGAGCGAGGAAGAAGCCAGGAGUGCUCGUGAUGGGCCCUAGGCAGCUGGGUGCCCCGACCAGACCCUCAUUCCUGCUCCUGGCCCAACCUGGUCUUGUUUAGUCCAAGGCCGUGGCUGUGUCCUGCAGCAGUAGGCGCCAGAGGCCUUGGGCAGAGGUGACCUCAGCAGAGAGCUGAUGUGUCCCUUCUUCCUGUGGCCAGUGCCGGGUGAGGCUCCCUGUCAGUCCUUAGCACCAGCAGCCCUCGGCCUGCCUCCCCUUCCCACACAAACCUUAGGAUUCGGCUGCAGACCAGGAUGGACUUAGUGCACAAACCGUCUUCGUGGCACUCGCCUCCCCAUCAAGGGCUCCCCCCAUCUCUGCUGCGUGUCUGCCUGUUUCCUCUGUGAUCUUUCUGUAUCAGCCACUGUCGCCUAAGUCAGGGUUCUGCAGAGAGGCAGAGCAGUAGAUCAGAGAGAUGCAGGUCUCCUCUAAGGAACUGGCGCAGGCGGCUGUGAGGUCUGAAGUCUGAAAGAAAUCUGUAGGCCAGGCCAGCAGGCAGGCGCUCGUGCCACUGAUGGUUCAGGCAGCAUUUCUUCUCUAAAUCCCGCUUGCAAGGCUUCUUGGCAGCUCCUGGCUCCUUCCUUUCCGGUUCCAAGAACCAACCCCAAUUCUACACUACAGUCUUCAACUAAUUGGCUAAGUCCCACCCACACUGCCAAGGGCAAGUCCUUAAAGUCUACUGGCUGUGUGAACUACAUCUUUUAAAUGUCUUCCCAAACUGGGUAUUGUGGUGCACGCCUAUAAUCCCAGCACCUUGGGAGGCUGAGGCAGGAGGACCCGAAGUUGUAACCCAACCUGGACAGCUUAGCGAGACCCUAUUUCAAAAUAAAAAAGUGGCUGAGGGAUGCGUCUCAGUGUGAAGGUCCCAGGCUCCUCAGGCGAGGACAGGUGGUCUGUGAAUGCCAACAAUAAAAAAGGGACAAAGGCGGCAAAAUCUCAUGGUGUGAAGACCAAAGCAAAAGUAAGGGGCAGAUGUCUUAUAGGAAUUAAAGUUCUCCCCCACUCCUUGUGUUGGAGGAACUUUUAUUUGUUAGCUUCAGCAGGGCUUUACACUCAGAUGUUUUGCAGAACAACAACAAUUACAUAAAAAUAAUUAACAAAUUUUGGUGAAAUGACUGCAAAAUGUCAUCUAAGAACGAACAGAUUGGGUACAUGCUAAAAUAAACACAAAAUCCAUGCAUGAGGAAUGAGAACAUGUUUCUAAAGAGCAGAAGUACUUGGGAGACUUUGCCAACCAAUGGUGCCAAAAACAAAACAAAAACAAAAGCACAACUUUGCAUCUGCUAACCGUUCUGCAAGGAGGAUGCCCUCCAUGGACUCCAGGGUGCUGUGGGCUGUGGCUCGGACCUAGAGGUGUGGAAGCCACUCAUGACCAGAAAAGCAUUCCCAGCCGCAGCCAAGUGGCCAGCACAUCUGGGAACAAAGUGAGUAUGGGAAGGCUUGGGUCUCCGCGUGCAUCCACUUCCCAGAGUAGAGAGGACCUCCACCCUCGGUCCUUCAGGGAGAGCUGCCGUACAGUGAAUGCUGAAGUCAGAAUGUUCCCGUACUAAAGCUCUCCAAAGCCUUAGGGUGAUGGGGGUGGGGAGCUUCCGGAGGGCUUAGGUAAUCAGCAGACCACCACGAAUGAGGGCAGUGCCCUUAUAAAAGAGGCGCAGAGAAGGCUCACCCACUCCACACCGCACCCCAGAACGUGGCUGUGGUGAGGAAGCAGCCUUGGUCUCCUCCACCGCGUCUGCCCGUACCUUGAUUGCGGACCACGGAGUCUCCAGACUGUGAGGAGUGAACCUCUGUGUAUGAACCACUGGGGUUGGUGUGCUUCACUAUAGAAACCAAACGAAGACUGCAGCUGAUGCAGGAUUUUAGAGGGACUGAAUUUGUUUCCAAAAUAUCCAUGUCCUGAUCACCAAACCUAUGACUGUCACUUUAUCUGUCAUUCUGCAGAAGAGAUUGCUUCAGCAUUGUUUUUGACUGGCUCAGGAUGCCUUAAGGGCAGGUCUGGUAAGGCAGGAGGAUCUCGGGAUCGAACCACAGCAUCCUGAGCCUGACUGCGUUUGCAUAAGCAGGCACUUAAACAACUGAGCUAAUGGGCAGGCCCCUGCUUUGGGAUCUUGAGAGGAGGUGAUUAUCCGGGUGAUGGGUCCUAAAUGCCAUCAUGAGUCUAAAAUAAAAGGCAAAAAGUCAAAGGGGAUGGAUAUGACAACAUUCCAGAGGCCAGAGUGUCACCUCUGCUUUGAAGUCAGGAGAAGCAGCCACCGGCUGAGGAAUACAGGCCCGUAUAGGAAAACGCAGGGAGAAGAGUCUCCCUGGAGGCUGCCAGAAGGGCAGCUAAGUGCGUGCUAACUAGGCAGGGCAGCCACAGUAAAGCACCGCAAGAACGGGAGAGAUCAAGGCUCCAGACUCAGUGCUUGGAUGUGUCUGGAACCAGAGGAGAGGGAUUUCCUUCUGUCUUUGCAGCCCCAAGCCAGCUGUACGCUUCGGUGGUCUGUGGCUGGCACCUUUGCUGUAGUGGGAGCGAAGUCACUGUAGUGGACAGAGGGCACAUGCGCGUGUGCAGCAGGCGAGGGACUGGGGCUCAGGGUCAUCCUUCGGGCCCUAGUUCCUUGGACUCCUCCUAUGAUUCUUGGCAGUUCCUGGCCCCUUCUCUCCCAGGUCCAAGAGCCAAUAAAGCAAGUCCGCUCGCUGCCUGCUGUGAGUUAGGCUUAACCGCACAUUUGCAGGAGCUCUUCUGACCACCAGAGAUGGAGGCUGCCAGCAAUUCUCCGUCCCUUCCUGUCAUUCUCUGUUGCUUCAGUGUCAUCAGCUUG